AUGAGUUAUCGAUCCGUAGCCUACUACGUCAACUGGGCCAUCUAUGCGCGCAAGCAUCGGCCACAAGACCUCCCAGUCGAGAAACUGACCCACGUGUUGUAUUCAUUUGCGAAUGUUCGCCCGGAAAAUGGCGAAGUCUUCAUGACCGACGGCUGGGCGGAUACCGAUAUCCAUUGGGAAGGGGAUUCCUGGAAUGAUUCUGGUACCAAUGUCUACGGCUGCCUCAAGCAGCUCAACAUCCUCAAGAAACACAACCGCAACUUCAAGGUUUUGCUCUCCAUUGGUGGUUGGACAUACAGCUCCAACUUCCCCGCUCCCGCUAGCACAGCAGAGGGCAGGCAUACAUUCGCCAAAUCCUGUGUCGAGCUUGUCAAGAACCUUGGUUUUGAUGGUAUUGAUAUCGAUUGGGAGUAUCCCAAGACUGCCGAAGAAGCUGGCCACUUUGUUGAGCUCCUCGCCGAGGUCCGCAAGCAGCUCGAUGAAUACUCCGCAAGAGCUGCCGACAAUUACCACUUUGAGCUCUCGGUAGCUUGCCCAGCGGGGCCCGACAACUUCCAGAAGCUCGAUAUCGCGGGCAUGGACGCAUACUUGGACUUUUGGAACCUGAUGGCGUAUGAUUACGCCGGUUCUUGGGACAAGAUCAGCGGUCACCAGGCAAACCUCUACCCUUGCAAAGACGCCCCCGCUUGCACGCCAUUCUCUACAGUGGCAGCCGUCGAUUACUAUACUGCAAACGGCGUUUCGCCUGACAAGCUGGUACUUGGCAUGCCGUUGUAUGGCCGCGCAUUCGAAAACUGCGAUGGCAUUGGCCAGCCUUACCAAGGUGUAGGACAGGGCACUUGGGAGCAAGGCGUGUACGACUACAAGAAGCUCCCUUUGGAGGGUGCAGAGGAGCACAAGGAUGACGCGUCAUGCGCCACUUACUGUUUCAAUUCUGAGUCGCGUACAGUCGUCACAUACGACACUCCGGAGCUCGCAAAGACCAAAGCCCAGUUCAUCAAAGAGCGUGGACUAGGUGGUGGUAUGUGGUGGGAAAGCAGUGCCGACAAGGAUGGUGACGAGUCGCUCAUUCAGGUUGUUGUUGGUGAGCUUGGAGGUCCAGAAGCACUCAAGCAGCAGGAAAAUUGCAUAAGCUACCCUGAGACCAAGUAUGAUAACUUGAGGGAUGGUUUGCCCGACAACUGA